CUGAAAUCAAUCCAUAAUGAAAGCUCCUUCCAUUGUAUCGACACUUCUGUCAAGAGUCCCACCUUCCAAUAAAAUCAUUCCAGAUGUGCCGUUGGCAACCACACAGCGUCCAGUCUUUACGGAAGCGGACACGCACGAUGAAGAGGCUUCUGCUCCCGAUAUGUCCAUCAUGAGCCCGUCCGGAUUAUCCCAUCUAGCGGAAGACUCUGUCCCGUCUGUGGCUCAAGCAGCUGCACAUCUGCUGUUAAUGGAAGCUAUGUGGGUAUGGAAGCAAAAGGCAACAAGUGGAGAGAUUGCCAUUAACCUGCUUGCCUUGCUCUCGGCGAACAGCAUAGACCUGCAGCCAGACAAUGUGAAAAUUCCCAAUCAGUUACUGGCUGGGCUUAUGGAGAUUGCUGUUCCUCGAUUCUGCUCGUGGUGGCACGCAGUAAACCAGAAAUUAUCAAGGACAAUGCCUGAGGAAGAUUACUUGGAGCUACCAGCCGAUCUAUUGCCUCCUAUAGAUGUUAUGAUAAUCUGGCAUGCGUAUAUGCUACAGCCUGUUAUCUACGAGGACGACUGUUCUCGGCUGGACGUACCUCACAUGCGCUGGGUUCUGUUCCCCUGGCAGGCAGUGGUCAAUGCAAUCGACAUCAAGACGACCGAAUACUGCAUCCCUUCUGCUGCCAGAGACUUCUUCGAAAAGUCUUCCAAACAAUCAGCUGAUCUACUCGAAGAGCUCUGUAACGAAUCGCAUCCGCUGGUUUACGAUAUAAACUGUCCAUACUGCCAUACUACCAGAAACCUACCAAUUAUACCCACCGCCCAAAUCGAAGACAUCAACCAAGGCUUCGAGCUAGAAUGCGACUGCGGCUACGCACCGUCCGUGGACGCACUUCGCAGCGAUCUCCUUCAUCUCCGCCAAACCAGAGAGUCACGACUACGGGGAACAUAUUCUAACCCAGUGACACAAGCAUCAUCAGCACAUUACUCCUCAGUACUGCGCGGAAUGCGCUUCGUCGACCAGAUGCACAAGCAAUGCUGGCUGCGUUCACCGGCGCUCUGUGUUCGGUCUCCUACUAAUCCAUCAAGACUAGUCGGUACCCUGCCACGAGCACAGCAGAUAUAUCGAAAUUUUCUAAUAUCAGCUCGUCCGUCAAAUAAUCUAUAUUUUCACCCGACAUCAGACGUGGAUCUAUUCUGGUACACGCACCAGCUCUCUCCGGAACCUUAUCACCGGUUCUGUAUUCGACAUGUAGGGAAGUUUAUGGAUCAUAAUGACAACGUGAUCCAUAAAAACCUGAGUGGCUCGCUCAAGGCUACUCAGAAGGCUUAUUCGCAGCAUUUCGAAGGUGAGUAUGAUGCUUGUCUUUGUUGGUCGUGCGAGAUAGAGCGGAAUGACCAAGAGGUUGCUAUGUCUGAUGAUGGGACACCAUCGGCAUCAUCAAAGACACAGGACUACCAGGAAUGGGCACGCCGAGUAGUUUUUAUGUUCUGGCAGGAAGUCGAGGCCCGGCGCGAAAAAGGACUGCCGGGCCUGAAAAGGGAGAGUCUAGAGGAAGUUUUGGCGAAGGGACCUCGCAGACGGAGUUCAUUGGUCUCCCUAUCUUCUCUCAAAGCAUGGAAAUAUUAG